AUGCGCGCAGCGUUGCAGUGCAGCUCUCGCGCCCUGCUGGGCAGCGCCCUCUCGGGGGCAGCCAGGCAGGCCAGGGCGGUGCACGUGGCCCCCAGGCGGCUAAUUGUGGCCGAGGGGGAGCGACAGCAGCAGGGGGAGGCCUCCGCCUCGGCGCCGCCGCCGCCGCAGGCGGCUCCGACGCCUUCCGUGCGGGUGCCGCCCCAGCCGCGUGUCCGCGUGCCACCGCCCUCGCCCUACGGCGACAACGUCCAGAUUGAGCGCGUGGAGACGCUGGGCGAGUCGCGGUUCUCGGGUGUGGUGGCACUGGACAGUGGCGACACACCCGACAACUGGGGGCGUGUGGCGCUGCUGGCGGGCGGCGAUGUUGCCGUGCUGCUGCUGUUUGCCACCAUUGGUCGGGUGAGCCACGGAGAGACCAUCAGCCUGGGCGCGGCCUUUGGCACCGCCUGGCCCUUCAUCGCCGGCUGCCUGGCCUCCGGCUGGCUGCUGGGCGGCUACGGCAAGGCGGCGCAGGGCGGCGACACGGGGGCAGCGGCUGCAGCGGCCGCCAAGACCUGGGCCCUGGGCAUCCCGGCGGGCCUUCUGCUGCGCUCCGCCACCCGCGGCUACCUUCCAGACCCCUCCUUCAUCGCCGUCUCCAUGGCCGUCAACGGCGUGCUGCUGGUGGGGUGGCGCUCCGCGCUGGCGGCCGCCACGCCGCAGGCUGCCGAGCCGCAGACGCCCGUGGAGCAGCUGCGCGCGCGCAGGAACCGGCAAGGCAGCCCACUGGAGAUGCUGCAGAUGGUGUUUUCGAUGGUGAAGCGCUGGUGA